AUGGUGUUUGGCCGGAACAAGCCGGCUCCGUCCACAGCGUCUCCGUCGUCGGCUGCGGCGGCCGCGUGCGGGGAGCUUCGAGCGGCGUACCACGAGUGCUUCAACCGGUGGUACGCGGAGAAGUUCGCCAAGGGGCAGUGGCAGAAGGACGACUGCGCCGGCCAGUGGAGCAAGUACCGCGCCUGCCUCGAGGAACAUCUCGAAGACAAGCAUCUCAGGCAAAUCCUAUUGGAGUCGGAAACGUCCUCCUGUUAUGCGCAGCUUGAUCCUGAUUCUUCAUCAGGACAAGGUGCGGCCUCAUCAAAAUGACAGUCUAGGACUAACAACAUGGUCAAGUUUUUUGCUUGACCAGAACUCGGAGA